AUGCUUUAUAAUUCUAAGCAUCAACAAUCUCCUGAUUAUUUUAGCAGUGAAUGUUCAUUAUUUGUUGGUGAGUUAACAGAAGAUGUCGAUGAUCUUGCAUUGUUUAAUGCUUGUCGAUCAGCUAAAGUUGUAAUGACAAAUGGAAAAUCCCGUGGAUAUGGAUUUGUUCGAUUCUUAACAGAGUCUGAUAUGGAUAAAGCACUUAUUGAGAUGCAAAAUUAUUGUGGUCUAGGAUAUAAACCUAUUCGUGUGAGUCUGGCUAUACCAAAGCGUUAUAAUAUAGAUGGGAGUUUAGUUGUUACCAGAUCAGUAUUUGAAUCAACUUCAGUAGUUCCUAGUGAGCCUGAAGUCUUGUCGUCCGCUUGUGAUGGUCCUCGACAUGUAGAUGAUUUAGACGAAGUUUUCAAUUUUUUGGAGUCAUCAAGAUGGCAUAUAACUGACCCGUCACUGGAAUUAUACCUUAAAAUAAGACCAUAA